AAAGCACUGAGGUCAAAGGAACUUAUCUCUACAUAUAGUAGAUGUUAUCAAUAUGAAGAACAGCAUAUUAGUAUUGUUCAUUUUACACCUUGUUUGUACCGGAGACUGUGCGACAUCUAGCUGUGCCUUUGGUGGAUCAUGUCUGUACAAUAUCAAUGUGCAUCACUGUGAUGGAAGUCCAAAAAGGUCAUUGAUCAGUAACGGAAAUCGCCAAAGCUGUCCAUGUAGUGACGUAAUUUCAGUUAAAAAUGAAUUUCAGAAUGUUUCUACUUGGGUGAAAACCAUCAACAGUACUUUCCAAAGCGUGCAAAUUGACUUAAUUGGAGUAAAAACCGAACUAAAUGAGAAAUUAGUGGAACUUACAGCCACUCGCGAAAGAAAUAUAAAAAGCAAUGCCACAGUUACAAAGUAUGUUUUGGACAUGCAGAAGACGGAGAAAGCAAUAACAACAGAAAGACAGAACUGGUUCAAAGAAAGGGACCGUCUGCAAAAUGAACUCCAUAAACUCAGCAGGGAAUCUCAGAUUUGUAGACAGGUGUCUGGUUCCUCAGCUACGUCACAUCAAGGUUCAUCCGCCGCUGCAUCAACUGUCCUUUUCUGUGACUUUGAAACAUCAAGUCAGUGUGGAUUUGUCCAGGAUCAUUCAGAUGACUUGGACUGGUCGUACGGCCAUGGGACGCAGUCGUCAACAACAGGACCAAAGCAGGACCACACCUACGGAAGUCCUCACGGACACUACAUGUUUCUGGAUGCUUACAAUCAUGCUACAAGUCACUCACAUGCAUCAACCUCCACAACUAGAUUUAUCUCCCCCGAACUUCCAUCUUCUCAUGGGUAUUGUAUCCUGUUCUGGUACAAUCUUCAUGGGAACGAUGUGAAAGAACUGAAUGUGUACGCUAAGAUUCACGGAGGUCUAGGAUACCCAGUAUUCUCUCGUACAGGGGGGCUCGGCCAGGAGUGGCGUCUAGGAAAAAUCUAUUUAGACCCGGAAUACACCGCCUCUCCUCUCAAUUUGGUCUUUGAGGCCAAAACAGACAGUUACAAGCAAUAUCACUACAGCUCUGGAUACACCUACCAUAAAAGAAACGGCGAUAUAGCAAUAGAUGACAUCUACGUCUUCAACUCUACCUGCAAGAGCAUUCCUAAGUACCCAUCAAACUCCCAUACAAGGGUGACGGCUAACACUACAAGCUACUAUACAUUCCAUACAACACCCAGCACGUGGUACGAGGCUCAGACAGCCUGUAGGAAGGAGAAUCCUUACUCUCACCUGGUCUCCGUCAGAUCCAAACAGGAACAAGACUUCAUCGUCAACAUCAUCAAACAAACAGAAGAUUUGACUGCUGCUGCAAGCAAUGGUUUUUACACAAGUGGGACAGAUGACAGAUCAGAGGGCAUAUUUGAAUGGACGGACACCGGAACUCCAUAUCCAGUUACCUAUAGCAACUGGCAGCCCGGGCAACCAAACAACGUGGGUAGUAACCAGGACUGUCUUCUGCUGCAGUAUCCCGAUAACGACUGGUCCUGGGGCGAUGUCAACUGUGCUGACAAGCAUCCGUUUAUUUGUGAAAUAAAUCAAACUCUGCCUUAAAA